AUGUUGCCUUCCAUUUCACUUUUACAAUUUAUUUUCAUCCUAGUCGCUACAGAACUUAUUAAGUGCUUUAGAAUAAAUACACAGUUGGUAAAAUUUCACCAAGGCAAACAAUUAAUUGAUUUUGAUUACAAGUUGAAACCUCAUGUGUACCAUGAUUCCGAGUUGGGUUCACUGAUUCUCGGCCGUGAUGAAUUUAAAACAAUUCCGAAUUAUUUACGAUAUGAAAAUCUAACAAAUUUUAUAACGGACAAGGCUGAACUCGUUCAGAAUUUGAAGAGAAAUUUAUCCAGGUACAGGAAUUUGACAGUUAAGACAGUGGAGAAGUUCAAACGAAGCUCACUUGCGAACUUCCGUAAAUGCUACUCUGAUCUUUGGGAAGAAAUAAAGUUUUGGUACCUGAAGGGGAGCAACUUUAGCUUCUAUGAUCUGUUUACUCUGGGCAGUAAUCCGGUUUACCUCCUUGUGAAGUUGAACCUGGCACUGUUCAUAGUAGACUUGUUUUUUAAAGGUGAACUUUCGAAGAAUUUUUCAGUAAAGGGAUUGAAUCUUUUUUACAUGAAUGAGCAUUAUCGCAUAGCAACAUCGCUGUUUUUUCACUGGGAUCUCCGACACCUUCUGUCAAAUGUGGGAAGCUUACUUUCUGUGGGUAACAACGUGCUGAAGCUGUUUGGACCCAGGAAUUUACUGAUAAUAUACUUUGUUUCGGGCAUAACUGCUAAUUAUUUCAGCUACUUGUACAACUAUAUUUACAAGAACGGAAUCCCUGCCAACCUUUUACUGCUUCUAAGAUCAAUUGGCAAGAACUUUAGCAACGCCACCAAGCCAAUAAUCAUGGCGACAAACACAAUUGUUGACGAUAUUUUGAACAAGACAAGGAGGAUUGGCUUCCCUAUGUUCUUUUUUGAUUAUAUUUUCACUUCCGCUACCAUGUCUGCUGAUUUUUGUCUUGCUAAGCUCGCUCAGUUUGUGACUGGUAUUACUCCGAGGUCCUUAAACGACGUCGAUUUGAAGGUUAAGGAGAUUUGCAUGACCAAGUCCAAGAACGAUUUCAAGUCCUGUGGCGCUUCUAGUAGCAUUUUCGGCCUCUAUGGCGCUCUUCUAACAUACUAUAUAAAGUCUGGUUACAUCAACAACUAUUCUGUAAUUAACAACUUAUUUGUUUCUUUCGUCGUUCCUUACCUUCUUCGAUCUUUUACUGAGAAGCUUGACCACAUUUCUCACCUCGUCGGCUUCAUCACUGGCUCAAUUCUCUCUACCGUUUUAGACUAA